GUCCCAGUAGCAUCACUUCUCCGUUCUGCUGGACAACAUCAGAUACUCGAGUCGCCAUGCUGUCCUUUAGCUCUGCCCUCGUUGUUUUCCUAGUGCUGGGACUAGGAAAUACCAAAAGUAUCGAUGACUGUCCAUCGGGGAUACCACGGAACAAGUUCUUGCAGUUUCGCAAAGGCCUGUGCUACGAGUUCGCAGUGACAACAUAUCGUCACUUCUGGCAUGCAGAGAGCAACUGUCUGGCGAACGGCGGGCUACUCGUUCAAAUCAAGUCAAAAGAUAUUAACGACUACAUUAAAAAAGAGCUUCAUGAAACCUACAAGGAGCGAUAUGACACAUGGAUUGGUCUUGACGACGCCAAUCCUGGGGAGAAAUUCACGUGGGCCGACGGCAGCAGUGUGAAUUAUGAAAACUGGGCACCUAAUGAAGGCGAGAGAUUUAGUGGCGGGUUGGACGCUUGCGCCACAAUCGACCCUGUCAACGGAACCUGGAUCGAUUAUCCCUGCCAAGGAUUUCUUUUUGAAGAAGUCAAACCCUACGUGUGCGAGUAUGACCCCGAUAACCUUUUGACCACCCCAGCUACGAAUUAGUAUUUUAAUAUAAUUUGGUUAAAAAGAAUGCCUCGCAAUUAAAGACAAUUAACCGUUUACUCAGACCAAUUAGACAUGCCCGUUAGUAAAACUGAUUACGUUAGAAAUAAAUAAUAUUCUGACGAGAUCAAUAUUUCCCCCUGUCUCACUUACGAUAUCUGAAUAGGAGGCAAUUUCUGCUGUUGAAGACACAAACUUUCUCAUCCUGAGAUGACUCUAUUCAUUUGUGGAAUCUUCAUAACAAGUCCGUAUUGAUAAAAGUGAAGUCGCCAUCAGUAAUAAUAUAUUCCUGUCUAUUCUGGUUGUUCGUAAACGAUUUGAUUUCAAUAUUUAUAGAGGUAGACGUCUUACCAAUAAAUUGUGCAUUGGAACAUU